AUGGCGCGCAAGCAAAAGCGAACGGAUGCCGACGACGACGAUCUUGGCGGGUCCUUGGAGGAGACAAUGGAGUUGUACCCGCAAGACAAGAUUGCGGCAUGGAAAGAAAAGUUGAAGAAGGAUUGGCUGAUGGAAGCGCCAGACGAGUUCUUUGCACUCCACAGUCUUGCCGCGAGCCUCCACCACGCAGAUCCGUCGUGUGCAUUUGCUGCGUCCCUUGGCGUUGAAUUGACCGGUCCAUUCGACCUGCUCUCGGCAACCACCAUGCGUGUGGACAAGCAUGAAUACCUCCACGGGCGAUGCUACUACGACCCGCCUGAAGUGAUCUCAGUCAUGCGUUCGGGGUCGACGUCAUUCGGGUACUUCAGAGAUGCUCCGUCGCAAGUUCCUACCUAUGUCGUGCAAGGAAGUUCGUCGACUGGAUCGUUUGAAUUGGUCGGGGCCAGCCUCGCCCAAGUGCUGCUCGAUUUGAUCGAAGUGGCAGCCGCCCCCCAUCCCCACCACGCAAUGAUUCGAGCAUUCUUAACGACUCAAUGCGAGUGUUCGGCACUUCCACCCAAAUCCAAGCGACGCAAGACGACAUCGUUGGCGUCUCCACAUCGCGAUGACGCUCAACGCCGACGCUCAGCCGACCAAGUAGCGCCGACGUUGAGCGGACUCGGGAUCGUUGUGCCUGUCCAUGCCAAGUCCCGCGUAGGGUAUCGCGAUCUUCCACUCAUGGGCAAUGCACUACGCAAGCUUCUGGAAGCGCCGGUGCGCGGCAAAGCCAUCGACGACCUCAUCACACGUGCGACGAUUGCCUGCGACGAGUGCGACUUUGGCACGGCGCUGCAGCUCGGCUUGGAUCUGUGGACGCAAGGCGCCAAGUUCGAGGGCGAGGCCGUGGGGCUCAUGGAGAGUGCGUACAUGAUGUUGGGUCGCGGCGCGUUUGGUGUCCUCGCGCGUCGCCACAUUGAGCACCGCAACGUAGACCACUGUAAAAACUAGGGGAAUAAGAACUGAUUGUGAAACUGUCAA